UCCCAGCAGGCGCUGGUCUCUCACCCACGCGCCUCCGCCUGUGGGUGCAGCACUGCUGUGUGGGCGCAGGAUUUGUGCGUCAUUGAGCGGCUCCCCGAUGUGGACAUGGUGGAGCUGGGGGAGGGUCAGUUUCGUGUCUUAUGGAGUUUGAACUGAUGUAGAUGUUUUCAGAAGUCAGGUAUCAAUAUGAUACUGAUGAAAGUUAAAGCCACAUAAUCGAAAUCUAGCGUAGAUUAAGGCGUUUCAAUCAGGACAAAAUGAACAAAUAUUAAUUUAGUCAAACGGAUCACCGCUUUUAGUCUAAAACCCUGAAGUUAGGUCAAAUAACGUAGAAUUACUUUUUCAUUUACGCUUACAUCAUAUGAGUUUUUUUUAACUAUGCCAGAAAAUUGGUUGCUUUGUACUUUCCUUUUUAUUGCAAUAAUGAACUGUGCAGUUGAAAGUACACCCACAGUAAAUCAAACGAGAAGUUUAGUUUGGGGGCCUGGACUGGAUGCAAACAUAGUUCUUCCAGCUCGAUAUUUCUAUAUUCAGGCAGUAGCAGAAGACAAUGUCAACUUUACUUCUUCACCAGGUGAAAAUCUGUUUACAGUGAACAUUUAUUCCCCUGGCGAACAAUUCACUAGGAUUUGGGUACAAGUAUUGGACCGGAAGGAUGGAUCAUUCCUUGUCAGGUACCGAAUGUAUUCAAGCUACAGAGGACUGGUAAUUGAAGUAAAAUUCCAAGAUGAACAUGUUGCUCAGUCACCAUAUGUUUUAAAAGGCCAUGUGUACCAUGAGUCCUGUGACUGUCCACAAGAUGAUGGAACCAGGUGGUACAAGGACAUGCACUGUCCUCAGUCUUUUCCACAGAUACAGCGAGAUUUGGCUCAUUUUCCUUUUGUCGAUCCAGACAGAAUUGCUGUAGAAAUUGCAAAAAGAUUUGGCCAAAGACAAAGUCUGUGCCAUUACACAAUAAAAGAUAAUAAGGUUUAUGUAAAAACAUUUGGAGAACAUGUUGGCUUUCGGAUAUUCAUGGAUUCCAUUUUGCUGUCUCUGACCCGAAAGGUAAAAAUACAAGAUGUAGAGUUCUUUGUAAAUCUCGGAGACUGGCCUUUAGAAAAGAGAAAAACUACUGAGAAGCUUCACCCUAUUUUCUCCUGGUGUGGAUCAGAUAAUACAAGAGAUAUUGUAAUGCCAACAUAUGACAUUACUGAUUCGGUUCUAGAAACUAUGGGACGAGUAAGUCUGGAUAUGAUGUCUGUUCAGGCCAACACUGGUCCUUCUUGGGAAAACAAAAAUUGUACAGCAUUUUGGAGAGGACGUGACAGCAGGAGGGAGCGUCUAGAGCUUGUAAAACUCAGUAUCAAACACCCUGAUUUGAUUGAUGCUGCAUUUACAAAUUUCUUCUUUUUCCCCCAUAACGAAAGCAUUUACGGUCCAAUUGUAAAACACGUGUCAUUUUUUGAUUUUUUCCAGUACAAGUAUCAAAUCAACAUUGAUGGUACUGUGGCAGCCUACAGAAUGCCUUAUUUGCUAGCAGGAGGUGGUGUUAUCCUAAAACAAGAUUCAGUCUACUAUGAACAUUUCUACAAUGACCUGCGACCAUGGCAGCAUUAUAUUCCAUUUAAGAAUGAUUUAAGUGACCUUUUGGAUAAAAUUCAAUGGGCAAAAUCUCAUGAUGAAGAGGCCAAAAUGAUUGCAAAAGCUGGACAGGACUAUGCUAGGAACAAGCUUAUGGCAGAUCACAUCUUCUGUUAUUAUUUUAAACUUUUCCAGGAGUAUGCUGAUCUUCAGGUGAGUGAACCAAAGAUAAGAGAUGGUAUGGAACUAGUGGAUCAGCCAAAAGAUGACCUUUUCCCUUGCAUCUGUCAUAGAACGAAGGUUCAAUUAAAAAUACCAUUUGGGGAAAAAAUUCUGAAUGCAAUCUAUACAGUACCAAAUGUUCCUUUCACACAUGGAGUAAUCCUCACACAUGGUGCUGGUGGAGACAUGAACUUCCAUCAGCUCGUAUCCAUGACAAAAUUCCUUGCAUCUAAUGGGAUCCUGUGUCUUAGAUUCACAUGCAAAGGCCUCAACUUAGACUAUAGAAUUAGAGCUUACAGGGCAGUGAUGGAAUAUCUAAAAUCAUCAAAGGACUAUGCAGUAAAAAGCUGGUUUCUAGGGGGUCGAUCCAUGGGAUCUAGAGUUGCUGCCUGUAUUGUCAGGGACAGCCCCGAUGAAGAGCUUGUGCAAGGUCUAAUUUGCCUGUCAUUUCCACUACACCCACCAAAGCAGCAGCAUAAGCUUCGAUCAGAGGAACUGCUUCCUGUGCGCCACCCAGUACUUCUGAUUUCCGGAUCAGCAGAUGAAAUGUGUGAGAAAGAUUUAUUGGAAAGCAUAUUGAACCAAAUUCCAGUGGCUGUCAAAGUACACUGGUUAGAAGGAGCUAACCAUGGAAUGGAAGUUAAAGGAAGAGCAAAAGAAGACAUCAUGGCUGAGAUCAAUACUGUGGUCCUUUCAUGGAUUAGAGAAAUCCUUCAAUAAAAAUAAGAUUCAAAUGAUUUGUGUGGUGGUCAUAGAUGCAAACAAGUAAAACUUUAAAAACUAACUGGUAAUAUGGGUGUAAUAAAUGGCUGAUGUGAAACAAAAAAAAUUGGACUGGAAUUGUUUUACCCUAAUGUUCAUUGUUACUUUCCAAUAUCUGAGCAAUUAAACUAAAUAUUACUGCAAUUUAUACUUAGAGGUUUCUUUAUGUUUGUAAAAAAACAUAUUUUACCAGUAAAAUUUUCAUUCAUUCAUGUUAUUAACUAAUUAUGAUGUGUAGAAGGUUAAACACAAACUUUCAUUUAGCCUUAGACUUUAUUACAGUCAGUCAGAUUUGCUGCUGGAAAAUUCAAAUAAUCAGUAAGCCGUGGGAAAUUAUAAUUAAAAACAAUAAAAAAGAAUAAUACCCAUAACCUAAUUCCAAUAAUAAAAUCAGAUAUGAUCAUUUAGCAUGUGUUCAUCUCUUGCUGAAUCGUCAUGGAAUAGUUCAGAUCCAUGAUGAACAUGCACCCUUAUUUAAAUGUUUUGUCCUUAUAGUUGGAGCUCUGGAAAAAGAAAUUACCCGAUGUAACUAUUUUAUAUACCUUUAUAGUAAAAAUAUAAUGCGAUGUUUUUAAAUUGACACUGUGUACACAUAACCAAUAAAAAUCUAACUU